AGAGUGCGUUUCCCAAAGGCUUUUGAAUUUCAAACAUGGUAUUAAAGGGACCCACCGGCGACUACGUGAAUAAAUUGAAUUGAAAUCUAGUAUUUAGUAUUUACCCAAUUCAAGGUGUGCGUCUGAAUCAUGUGAAUUGAAAGCAUGAAGAAGAAGAACAUGCAUUCAUCCUCCACAAAAUCACGCACUUACAGCUCUCUGUAUUUCAAUCCCCUCAACAACGACCUCAGGCACUGCCGAAGCUGCAGCACCACCGACCAUGUCCGCAAAGGCGACACCUUUCUCUUGGAAGACGACAAGGAAAACGGCGACAGGCCCAGAGCCUUUAGGUCUUUGUCCACUGACAGGAUCUUGAAGCCUUCCUCGCUUGAGUUCUGCAUGCAAAUGAACGACCUUGAAGCAAAGUGUUUGAACAAUAACAGCAACAUCUGGGACUACUCUGAUUCGGAGGCUGCCCCUGCUUCCUCGUGGGCCACGCUGCCCAACAAGUCCUUGAUCUGUAGACCCUUGCCUUUAGAUAUCGGAAGCUGCACAUGUUUCAUUCUCAAGGAACCAACGCCACAGGGACUCUCUGGGGGCACUUUCUUCUCUCUUUACACAAAUGAAGGUGAAGGACGCCAGAAUAGGAAACUAGCUGUGGCCCACCACAAGCGCCGAAAUGGAAGGUCUCACUUCAUUCUAGCUCAGAAUCUCAAAGGACUACUCUCCCAUUCUGAUAAUACUUUUCUUGGCACCGUAACAGCUAACCUCAUUGGCUCUAAAUACCACAUUUGGGAUCAGGGAUUUCGUCAUAAUUCCCCUGCUAAACAACCAAAUCCACCUCUUGCUGUUGUCAGGUAUAUACCUACAAUAACAACGUGUGCGGGAAGUCACAGAAGCAUGAGGGCCUAUAUACCAAAACAUCAAUCUAUGUCAUUCAAAAACACAAACCAGGUACAACAUCUAAAAGGAUUGCCUAUGAAUUGGGAGGGAAAACUUAACAAAGUCCAUCAACUAUUCUCAAAGGUUCCACUUUACAACAAGAUUUCGAAACAAUAUGAGCUUGACUUUAGAGAUAAAGGAAAGGCAGGACUUAGAAUCCAAAGAUCAGUAAAAAAUUUCCAGCUAACUUUAGAGGAAAAUGGAAAGCAGACGAUCCUGCAGCUAGGGAGGGUGGGAAAAUCAAAAUUCGUUAUGGAGUACAGGUAUCCUUUGACAGGUUACCAGGCAUUUUGCAUAUGUUUGGCUUCUAUAGAUGCAAAGCUUUGUUGCACAGUGUAGUGGGAAAUUUAUGUUACCAAACGUGGUUCAACCUCUGAACUAUGAGAUGUUACUGCCACACAAGUAGACUGUCGUUGAGUACGUUUUUCAAAGGAAAUGGAAGAUCUUCUUCUCUACUAAAGUGUUCAAAUCUCGCAACCAAUACUGUAGAAUGCUUACUUCUCUAGUCUCUGUUUUGAACUUGGCUAACCUUGUUUCUGAAAGCUUAUUUAUCUCUAUUUUAUAUAAUGUAAUGUUUCUUUUCUGGGGUA